AUGUCUAUUCUUUUUCCAGAUACUCUCCAGCCCCCAUCUGAUACUUUGCAACCCCCAUCUGAUCCUACUCCGGCCAUGUCUAGAGGAGACUCCCUGGUGGAUUUCGCGAAAUUCAUGAUGGGGUGUCAUGGUGUUAAUUUUCCACUUCCGCCUGAACCCACAGUUGAAGAGAUCCAUGGGAGGGAAAAAUAUGUUGCAGCCUCUCUUCUUUUAGGUGCUUGCCCAAAUCCUUCAGAUUAUCAUCAAAACCAGUUGUUGUGCCACCCAAAAUUCACCUCAAUUGACAAGGCCCGAUGCGACCAUGACUUCCACUCCCACGGCUUCAAUCGCAUUACUUUUGAGUGGAGGAAACCUAAUUGGACCGACUCAGAUUGGAAUAACUGUACGGCGGACAUCCUCUGCGAUAACUGGGGGAUUUGGGUUGUGAAUGAAAGGAAAGUGUCGACUUUUUCCUUCCUUGAUGCGAAAGCGGCGCUUCUGGAGUGGUUAGUCAGCAGGAAUGUCAACUUUACACGAAUUCGAAAACAAAUCGAAGAAGGAAAGGACAUUGUGGACGACAAUUUUGAGCAGAUGGAUGGUUGGCACAUGCUAUAUCGUAAAAAAGUCGCCCAAUCUCGUUUCAAAACUGCCCUAUCCAUUUUCCCAGAUCAAUCUGAACUGCUUGCCAUGUUUAAAGACCCCGACACAGUUUCCGACUACGAAGAAAGCGAAGAUAUCACGGUCCUUCCCGUCCGAAUCAUUCCGUUAUGGCGUAGUAGUAUGCUGACUGCUCUUGUCAGAGAGAUAGAUCUGGCCACUAUCCAGCUCGCCGCUAGAGAAAAAAAGACGGCAAUCGUGAGAUGGAUUAGUCGAAGUGGAGAGCGCCAUGUUACAGACGAUGAAAAACCCUACCAGAGAAUCCCUCUAGGCCUGCAUAUAAAAGCUUAUGGUCAAGAUUUCCUCGAAAAAAAUUCAAUCCUCGUGCACCAUCAACUGAAGAUUUGCAAGGACAACCAGCCAUAUUCCCUUGCAGAUGUGCUUGGUUACUUGAAGAAAAUUACCCGUAGUGCCACUUAA